AUUCAAUUAAAACGCUACCUCAGGGGGAUAAAGUGACUUUCUCUACAGGAGUGAAGUCAGUUUCUUAUCGUUUAGACACCUUCUUAGAUGGUCUGAUAAAAUAUAAAAUAACUGAAGAAUGUAUGACUUAAUCGUAUGGCAUUAAAUGUAAAUUUCCCCUUGAAAAAAAUUUGAAUGUUGUGAUAGAUUUUAUUUCAUAUCACAUUUAUAUAUACAUAUAUAUAUAUGACUACAAAAAUUGCAACAGUAGCCAAUUUGGCUUUUCAUGCAUUUCAACAACAUUCCAUACGUGCUGCUACACUGGGUCCAACAACCACGACAACCGCAUCAACCACAACAACAACGACAAACACAACCACAACCACCACUACAUCGUCAACAUCAUCAUCAUCAUCAACAACAGGGAAUAUGAAUAAUGGAUUAAAUGAUGUACAUACUUGUACAAAUGGCAAUUCACCAACACAUUGUGAUCGACCAAUUUCACCAAAUCAUUCUUCAUUUAAUAAAAAAAAUUAUCAAUUAUCCGAUGCAUUAAAUCGUUUAUUAGCUUGUGUUCAUUUACUUACACCAAAAGAUGUUGGUUUUGAUGUAAAAUUAAUAUCAGAUUCAACUAAUAUUUCAUCAGCACCAGUUGCUUAUGUGCAUAUUAUGGAAAAUGAAGUAUUCUCUAUGGGUAUAUUUAUAUUAAAACCUGGUUCACGUAUACCAUUACAUGAUCAUCCUGGAAUGUAUGGAAUUUUAAAAGUUUUAACUGGUUCUGUACGUUGUCGUAGUUUUACUCGUUUAAAAAAUGUACAAUCUAUUAUAGAUUUAAAAAAUUUUCAUCAUAAUCAAACAUCAUCAUCAUUAUUAUUAUUAUCAUCAGUAUUUGAUGAUUCGAAAUGGCAAUUAACUGAUUUAAUUAUUGCUCGACCACAUCAAGAUACAGUCUUAUCAACAGAUCAUCAACCAUGUUUACUUUUUCCAAUUGAAGGUAAUCUACAUGAAAUUACUCCAGUUGAUGGUCCUGCUGUAUUUCUUGAUAUACUUGCACCUCCAUAUGAUCAUGAUUUAGGUACUAGAGAAUGUCGUUUUUAUAAAGAAAUAAUUAUACCGUCACAAAUGAAUUCCAAUUCGAUUUUAUCAUCACAGAACAGUUUGCAUAAUAAUAAUAACAAUAAUAGCAUCAAUGAAGAUGUUUCAUCGUCAACAAUAGUUGAUUUUUCCGAUUCUGGUGAUCUAUGCUCAAAUCAAUCGGAUAAAGAUGCUAUUGUUUAUUUGAUUGAAACAAAUCAACCAUCAGAUUAUUGGUGUGAAUCUGCUGAAUACAAUGGACCGAGUGUAGUUUAAUUAAACCAAAAACAAGUUGUUGUUAUUGUGUGUGUUUGUGUAUGUGUGCGUGUGUGUGCGUGGGUUGUUUAAAUUUUCACUCAACAAAACAAUCAUAUAUACUUAUACAUAGAUAUUACAUAUACAUAGAUAUUAGGUUACUGCUCAUGGUUUCGUUAAAAUUCCCUUCAACCCCGCCCCCGCCUUCUCAUACAUCAGCUUAUUCCCUUGAUUAUGUAAUAAUUUCUAAGAUGAAACAUAAUAUUAUUAGCUUCAAUAUUGUGGUUUCAGUUUUUAAUGGCAUUUUGUUUUUUUUUCUUCUCUCUGUCAAUUGUUCAUUGCACCAAUGAACAACUCGUUAGUCUUCCUGCUUCGCUGUGUGUGUGUGCGUGUGUGAGUGUGUAUUCCUUCCUUUUCCCCCCUGUGUUCUUCUGUGUACUAUACUACUACUACUAAUACUACUACCACUACUACUCAUUGAACAAUGGGAGACAAUGAACAAAAAUCAGUUUAUCGAAAAAGUUAGAGAGAGAGAGAAAAUAAACGAAAGACAAGAAAAUUCACUGUACAAAGUUCACUUCAUUUCAUACGUAUACAUAUAUAUAUAUAUUGAUCAUGAUUACUUUUAUCAUUAUUAUUAUUAUCUUGAUUAGUUAGUUAAUGGACCUUAUACUUAUUCAUUCAUUCAUUCUCUUGUGUUACUUUUCACCCGCGCGCGCGUACACACACACCCAAUCCCGCGUACACACUCGUCAUGUUUUAGUUUAUAAAUUUGUUGUUGCUUUUAUGGUUUAUCCAUGUUUCGAAAUUAUAAUUAUUAUUAUUUUUAAUGAAAAAAAAUACCCAAUGUAUUCUCCUUGUUCACCUUGUUGUAGUUUUUUUUGGCUGUCGUCUGUUUGUUGUGGCGUUCUCCUUCUCCUCCGCCUUCUUCUUCUUCCCUUCCUUCUUUUUAUCUUUGGCGGUGUUAAUGACAAGAUGAAAUCGGUAGAGAGAGAGAGAGAGUGGUAGAAUCACAUCUUAUUGUACACAUACACACACACACAGAGAACACACAACACAUACAGCUGUUUAUUUAAUAUUUACUUUACUCAUUCAUUCAUCUGAAUUAAGUUAUUUCGGUUUUAUGUAUGUAUGUGUGUAUGUGAUGAUUCAUGCAAACACAUAAAUUGUUAGUAGUGAUGUAAUAAUUCGAUUGCAUAUUAGAAUAUUGUAAGUGGUCUUUUGAUGUGUUCUUUUGUAUUUGU